AUGUUGGCGUUUGUGCAGCAAAUACUGGCAUUUGCAACCGUCGAAGUCCUCGAGCCCAACUGGAGAAAACUAGAGGCCAAACUAGGGAAGGAGUGUAUGUUGACUAGCUCAAAGUUACUGAGGGCAAGACCAGCGGAGGAUGGAUACUCGAGGCAUACACCGGAUGCCCUACGGGAAUCCCCCACUGACUUGAUGUUAUUCCCGCACUUGUCGGAACUCGAGUUGUAA